UUAAGCUGGGAAACACGAUACUGUGACUGUUAGAAAAAGACCUUCAUCAUCAGAUUCAAUGGAUUUUUCAGUUCUUUGCGUCACCCAUCUCUUAAUGCUUCCUUUCUGUGCACAAGAAUCAGAGUCUUCACAGAGGAUAAAGUAUAAUACUUUUGAGACAGCGGUCCUGGGAGGAAACGUGACCAUCUUCUGCAACUUCACAAGUCUGGCAAAUGUUGAGCAAAUCACCUGGCAGAAAAUCCAAGGCUCUUUGCCUCACAAUAUUGGCACUUACAGUCAUAAAUAUGGAGAAAAGAUUCUCCCACCAUACAUAAACAGGCUUCAGUGCAAGAUUCUGGAACCCAGCACCUCCUUCAUGACUAUCCAAGGAGUGACAUUUGAAGAUGAAGCCUGCUACAAGUGCCUGUUUAACACUUUUCCACAAGGCAGCCAUGGAGGGCAAACCUGCCUUAACAUUUUAACUGUAUCUGAAUUAGUAACUGAACUCCAGUCUGUACCUGGCUCUGAAGAUCUUCAUAACCUUCAGUGUUCCGCUGUGGGAAAGCCUGCCCCUGGAAUCUCCAUUUACCCAUCACAAGUCACAGUACCCCCAGCACAAGAAUACCUUGCUCAGAACCCCAAUGCCACAGUGACUGUCACUAAAAGCUACAACAUCUCUUUGAAAACUGCGAGGUCCCUGGGUCUCCAGAACGUGGUUGUGUCCAUGACUCACCCAGUAAGACAUGAAGAGAAGAUAGUCCCUCUGCCACGAAAUCAAGGAGGUACCACAAAUCCUUGUUUAAACUGGAAGAUAACAGCAACUGUAUUCAUCAUAUUGUUUCUCAUUUCAUGGAUCAUCAUUGGGGCCCUUCGCUAUAUUCAUUUCAAAAAGAAAAGGUCAGAGAACACACCUGAGCCAUCAUCGACACAGACACCUAACCCACUGUCAACACUGGUACCCACACCACCAUCAACAGAGACCGACAACUUGAUGAGACACCGUUGCCAGACAGAGACAUAAUCGGUCGUAUAUGAUUUCUUUUUUCUGCCACUACAUCUUUAAAUUUAAGAAGUUUCAAAAAUUUGAACAUGCAUUCACUAGCAGCAAUUAUCAUGUUAGAAGUAAGUGGAGUAUUUGUUCCAAGUGAGGUUUUAUUUAUGUUAAUGUCUUUACAUUUUGAAAUUAAAAUUUGAUUUAACUGAUACAUAAUAAUUAUAGA